AUGCGAAUACGCCAUACCGUGGUUGAAUACGACCUUGAAGAGGCGGCAGCGAUGCUUGGUAUCUCACCCGGAGCCCUCAAACAGGCGGUCAGUACUGGGUACCUCCAGUAUUACUACCGACUCGGUGAAGGUGAGUAUCGGUUCCAUGAGGCGAGUCUCCGCGCCAAUAAAGACUUGCUUUCGCAGGAGGGGUAUCUUACUAAAGUGCUAAGCACGUGUUCAUCUUCAGAGACUACCACGGAGCCUGACGCAUCGGAAGAGGAUCCACCGUCCACGCCAUCCGAUCCAUAA